AUCUCUCAGCGCUUGAUAACCGCCUUCUCAGUGGAAAAAUGCCGUCGCCGUCGCGGAGAAUGAUAUACGAUCCGCAAUACUUCAUUCACCAGCAUUCCGCUCACAAAAGCGCCAUAAGACACACCACCCACGAAAUACGCAAUGGCAAAGCCAAAAGUCGGCGAAUCGCUUCAGGAGCCAUCAUUAACGUUCUCAGAGGCGCCGCUAAUGGCACACGAAAAUGGCAAGCAGGAGGAGCGACCCCAGUGGAGCUGGGCCCUCAAUUGGGCGGCAAUCGGAUCGUCGCUCGGCGCGGCGGUUCCCGUGGGCUAUUGCACAGGAGUGAUGAAUAGUCCCGCUGAACUCAUGCGCUCCUGGUGCAACGAGACACUGAUUGCCAGCUAUGACCUGAACUUGAGCGAUGCGGGUUUGGAAAUACUGUGGUCUGCCAUAGUCUCAAUAUUCCUCGUGGGAGGCGCCAUCGGAUCUGUUGUUGGAGCCACCAUGGCCAACCGGUUCGGACGUCGCGGCUGCUUCUUCAUCUGCGGCCUCCUUCUGGCGCUGGGAGCCAUUAGCUUUUACGCCUGCCGACCCUUGGGUUCUGUGGAGCUACUGCUGCUGGGUCGGAUGUUGGUUGGUCUGGCCGGCGGUCUGCUAACAUCCUUUAUGUCCAUGUGGCACAGCGAAAUCUCGGCUCUCUCCCAGCGCAGCACCAUGGCUCCCCUCUGUCCAAUGGGCUUGACCUUGGGAGUGGUGAUUGCGCAGGUCUGCAGCCUGCGGUCGGUGCUCGGAGGUCCUGAGAACUGGCACUUGGGCCUCGCAUUCUACGGUCUUCUCGUGCUUGUGUGUUAUGCACCUUUCAGGUGGUAUCCUGAGAGUCCCAAGUGGCUGUUCAUCGUCCGAGGUCGCAAGGAGGAUGCUCGUCGCCAGCUUCAGCUACUAAGGGGCUACACGGCUGGCAGCGCCGCACUGAAGGCCGAGAUGGAAGAGAUGGAGCAGGAAUCUGCCUGCGAGGUGCAGACCAGCGGCUUGAUGCAGGUCCUGCGUGACCCCCAAUUGCGGCUUCCGCUGAUCAUCGUCUGCGCCUUUCUUGGUGGCCAACAGCUGUCUGGCAUUAAUGCUAUAUUUUACUACUCCGUCUCCAUUUUCCGAAAGGCGGGUCUUUCAAGUCAGGCUGCUGAGUGGGCCAACCUAGGUGCGGGCUCCCUCAACUUGUUCGCCUCCAUGCUGGGCCCCGUGCUGCUGGAACGAGUCAAUCGCCGACCACUGAUGCUUUUCUCCACAUUCUUCUGCACAGUCUUCCUGCUUUUGUUUGCCGUAAUGCUCUUCUUCAUCGAGAGCUACAGCUGGUUUGGUAUGGGAUGCAUUGGCUGCAUUUUCCUGUACAUUUUCUUCUUCCAAUUUGGCCUGGGCCCAAUGCCGUUCUUCAUCGGAGCAGAACUGUUUGAACUGGCUACCCGCCCAGCCGCCAUGUCGUUGGGAAGCUUGGCGUACUGGCUGUGCAACUUUAUUAUCGGAAUGGCGUUUCCCACGAUGCAGAACCUCUGGGGCGCCCUAGUUUUUUUGCCCUUCUCGGUGACCUGCCUCCUCAUAUUUUGCCUGACGAAACGCUACUUGCCAGAGACGCGAGGACGCGAUCCCUCAGAGGUGGCGCCUCUCGUCGCUUUGGGCUUUAAAUCAAAGGUGAUGCUCCCGAAGCAGACGUCGAUUUAAUAUUAAACCAACUCCAUAGCAAUGGUGUCUACCCAUUCCUUUGUAAUUAUAGGGAGUUUUGUAAGUUAAGCUUCAACGAUCUAUGAAACUGUAAUCGAAAAGCCUUUUUAUCGCUGAUCCUGGGAUCCUUCUUAAUUCUGUAGGUGCUCCUGUAGCACCAAUAGUGUGAAAUUGUGUAUCGUUAAAUCAGAUCAGACAGACAGACAGACAGUUAGGCAGAUGGAUACGGCCAGAUGGACUCGGCUAGUGUUCCUAAUCGAGACUAUAUAUACUUUAUAACUCCCUCCAAUCUUACGGGUAUAAUUACACAGUAACACAGCGAUAAAAUUCGCGUACCUUCGGGCAAAAGGACUUUUUCUGAAGUGAAAAGUUUAAUUAAUAAUUAUGAUAACGCAUCUCUAAAUAUUGCUUAAAAAUAUAAUGAUAGAUUCCACUUGGCACUAGCUCGGAAUAGAGUCUAACUACCUGCUUUCUACAA